GAGAAUGUUCUCUGCUUGGGCUGUUGUAGUGGGUGCCUGGUGCAUUUUUGUGGCUUCCACCACCAACUCCUGAGAAAAGAAGAAAAAGAAUAGAGAACUAGAAAGAAUAGGUGAUGGAGGAAAGUUGAAUGAUUGUGUGUCAAGAGAGGGGAUGUUAAGGUAGACUGCUACUUCAAGAGCUCUGGCACUCUGUCCAAAAGCCCUUGAGCCCAGAAAUCAUCUCCUAAGGCAUUCUCACAAGAACAGCUUUGACCAAAAAAAAAAAGGGGGGGGGGGGGGGGGGGGGCUGAAACCAAUUCUGAGAGUAAAUAAACACGGAGAGUGUUUGCAGCAUGUUUCCUGUAUCAAGCCAUCUACAGCACUGAGUGGAUCAGAAAUACGAAACAAUCUGUCCUGUCUAUGCUGCUGUUAAUGCAACAGUAGAACUUUUUUCUGUGUGUAAUGUCAUAAAAAGAGCUUUCCCUGGAGCAUUGUAUCAGCCACGGAAGAAAGAAAAGAGAGAAGACAGCGAAAAAGGAGAAGGCACUAGCUGAACCUGGAGGAGGGAAACAACCCAACUUAGGAGCUUGCUUUUUAACUUGUUUGCAGGACAUUGCUCUGUUCUUUUUUGUUUUUGUCCAUUCGUAUCCAGAGAUGGGCUGGCUGCUGAGUCUGGGCUACCUCACUGUAGUGGUGGCUGUAGCAAUUGGCACAGAGAGGAGGCAGCACCAAGUGCAGCAUGGCCACUGUAGCUACACAUUCAUCCUGCCAGAGGUGGAGCAGUGCCCAUCACCUGGAAACUUCCGGGUGAGCAAUUCCCUGCAGAGAGAUUCACCCUUGCCCCCCAACGCAGCCCAGACUGAGAAAAAGCUUGAAAGCCUGGAAAGUGCCACUGAGAACAACACACUGUGGCUGCAGAAGUUGGAGAAUUACAUCCAGGACAACAUGCGUUCCGAGAUGGUGGAGAUGCAGAGGAAUGUCAUUAACACACAGACAGCCACCAUGCUGGAGAUAGGGACCAAUCUCCUCAGCCAGUCAGCAGAACAUACACGGAAACUUACAAAUGUGGAGACUCAGGUGCUGAACCAAACAAGUCGACUGGAGAUCCAGCUGUUGGAAUACUCUCUCUUCACCAAGCGACUGGAGAAGCAACUCCUGCAGCAGAACCAGGCGGUGUCCCGCCUACAUGACAAAAACAGCUACCUGGAGCAGCGGUUUACAGCCUUGGAGGCUAGACACAGCCAGGAACUGCAGGCUAUCCAGCAGGAAAAGCAGCAGCUGCAGGAGCUUCUGGACCGGCAGAGUCACCUGGUCACUGUACUUGAAAGACAGCUGGCCAGCUCCACCCGCAACAGCACACUGCUCCAGCACCAGCAGGCUACUCUCUCAGAGACACUGCAGCAGCUACUGGCCAUGAUCUCCCAGUGCAACGAUAUUACCAGCCUGUCUAAGGAGAAGACAGUGAUUUUCAGAGAUUGUGCCGACAUAUACAAGUGUGGAAUUACAGAGAAUGGAAUAUACAACAUCCAUCUCGCCAACAGCACACAGACAGUUAAGGUGUUCUGUGACAUGAAGACAAGAGGAGGAGGUUGGACUGUUCUUCAACAUCGUUUUAAUGGUUCAGUGGACUUCCACCGUAACUGGAAAGAUUAUAAAAUAGGAUUUGGAGACCCCUCAGGAGAACAUUGGUUAGGAAAUGAUGUCAUCCACCUGCUCACCAUGUCCCGAGACUACAGUCUGCAGGUCCAACUCAAAGACAUAGAGGGAAACCAGGCCUUCUCUCAUUAUGACCAUUUCUACAUCGAUGGAGAGGAAAAGAAAUAUAGCAUCCAUGCUGAAGGUUUUAGUGGUACAGCAGGUCGCACCAGUAGCCUAACCCACUCAGGCACCAUGUUUAGCACAAAGGAUCAAGAUAAUGACCGCUGUAGCUGCAAGUGUGCCCAGAUGGCCUCAGGAGGAUGGUGGUUUGAUGCCUGUGGGCCAUCCAACUUAAACGGAAUCUACCACACUGGAAUCUCCAAUGUGAUGCGCUACAAUGGGGUCAAGUGGUACUAUUGGAAAGGGCCAAACUCAAUAGUAACCAGAACCACUAUGAUGGUGCGUCCUGUGGAUUUCUGAAAAUAAAUGUCAUGGAGACAUUUGGCUCUACAGACAGCAAAAUUCCCAAGUUUAAUUAAGAUCUAUGAUUGAUACUCAUUUGUGUCCUGCUGCACUUACAUAAACACUAGGUGUUAAUUCAUCAGUGGGGAAUUUGUGACAUAGACAGCAAAAGAGUGCCAGAGGGCUGUUGACACAGCUGAGACUCACUGACAUUUUAUGCAUUUUUGGAAUUUGUGGAACACUAUAUGUUUCAAUCUGUCUUAUUUGUUCUGCUCUGGCAAAAAAAAAAAAAAAAAAGCCCAGCUGCUUCAUCAGUAUAUUAUUUUCCUGUAUAUAAAAGCUCAUGCAGUGUAGAAUGCAAAGGACUGGAAUUUCACAUUAGUGUUUGUUUGUAUACUUGGCUAGUGAACAGAGAUCUGAAUAAAUGUGAACCAUUCCUUCUCCCUCUCCUUGAA